AUGAUCCGGUCUAUGGAACACAUCGUCGAUGAGUAUCUUCUAGAAGUCUCGUCGACUCCCAACAACCCUGUUUUGGUAAAGCUCAUGCUAGAUAAGAUAUCCAAUGACUUGAUACCAAUAAAGUUGAACUUGAACAAGUAUAAAAGCAACAAGCUUUAUGAUACUAUUAAUGACAAGCUAAUAGAAUUGAUACAUAAUCUCGAUACUUUAAAGCAUAAGAACACCAAGAAGUUGGCGCAAAUGAAACGGCAAAGUAUAGCAGCUACACAUCCAUCACAAGUUGUUAUUGAUGACCAUUCUGACCCCAGGUCAAACCUUAGCCCUUCAACUUAUAGUACAGGUGUAAGGAAUAACGAUGUUAAUGAACUUCGUAAAAGGCUUCUUGAAAAUAACAGGUCGAGUUUGACGAACGACUACCAUGAGACCCUACAGCAAGACUUGAUCCAUGAUCUUUCGGAUAUGGUGUCUGAUAUGAAAGAUGGUGCUAUCAGAUUGUCAAAAAAAAUAAUGGAUGACAAUGUAUUGCUUUCUAGGACUCAAGACAAUAUGAUGAAGAACGAUAGUUUGAUGAACACUGUGGGUAGCAAUCUCACCAGUUAUGUUUUAAACAAGUCUGGAGGAAAGAUCUCGUUUUGGUUUUUGAUAAAGACCAUGGCUGCGGUGGUGGUAUUAUUUUUAAUCAUGUCAAUUAUCAUCAACAUUCUACCCAAAAUGUAA